UCGAUUGCGCGCACACACAUAUAUGAGGAGGGGGGGGGGGGAUUAGGGGGAGGUCUGCUGUCUCGCUGGGACUUAUGCUUCUCCCCUCCUCGUGGGAGCCGCUUCCUCGCGCUCAGCUUUCAGCAGUCUCUCUCUCUCUCUCUCUCUCUCUCUCUCUCUCUCUCUCUCUCUCUCUCUCUCUCUCUCUCUCUCUCUCUCUCUCUCUCUCUCUCUCACUCAUAUCUCAGUGCAUUCCUUCCGAAGCGGACUAACGGCUCGAGCCUAUAAUUUUUCUCCCGCGCGUCUGGUUCCUUGCUCAUAGAACGCACCGGCAGCACGAGACGCGGCUCUCCCGGUCAAAGUUAAUGCAAAGCCUCCGUUUUUUACGAUAAAACGGUCGCCGAUCCAAAGUUAUUUCGAGAUAUGUAAGGAUUGUCCGGGUUUUUUCUGCGUCUACGGCGCGAAACAGGCAUCCCCACGCGCGGUGUGGCAGCAGCAUGGCGGGAAACAACGACAGCCUCGCGGAGUUCCUCCAGUGUCUCGCGCGGAGGAACGUCUCCCUGAGCCCGGGAACGCCGAACGGCACCGCGAACGCCACUUGUGGCAACGUUACCGCCCUCACAAGACCCCCGUCCGGUCGCCAAAAAGAAAUGGACUCGUUCCGUAUCCUGCUCUACGCGCUCAUCUUCGUCCUGAGCGUUGCGGGCAACCUCCUUAUCAUCGUCGUCUUGGCGAUGAACAAGCGCAUGCGCACGGUGACAAACUGCUUCCUGCUGUCGCUCGCGCUCAGUGACCUGAUGAUGGCGCUCUUCUGUAUGCCCUUCACGCUCAUCCCCAACAUCAUGGAGGACUUCAUCUUCGGCGCUGCCAUGUGUAAGAUCGUGGCCUACUUCAUGGGUAUCUCGGUCUCCAUCUCCACCUUCAGCCUGGUGGCCAUUGCCAUCGAGCGCUACAGCGCUAUCUGUAACCCCCUCCAGUCGCGGGCGUGGCAGACGCGCUCGCACGCCUACCGGGUCAUCGCGGCCACCUGGGUACUGUCUCUGGCCGUCAUGCUGCCAUACCCGGUGUUCAGCGGGCUGCGCGCUUUCCCCAAGACGGACGGCUCGGUAGGACACAUGUGUAGACUGCACUGGCCCAGCGGGGAGGCCGAGCAGACCUGGUACGUUCUGCUGCUGUUGACGCUGUUCUUCGUUCCAGGCGUGGUCAUGAUCACCGCCUACGGCCUCAUCUCCAGAGAGCUGUAUCGAGGCAUCCAGUUUGAGGUCAACAACAACCCAGACACCAUAGCCCUGACGAAAAACGGCAGAACCAGUAACCAUGAUGACAACGACGGCUGCUACAUCCAGGUGCACCCCAAGAAGGUGGGCCUUGCCCCAGGCUUCGCCCCCUCCCCCACCACCCCCACCCCCCCCUCCUGUACCGCCCCCUCCACCCUCAACUCCCACGCCCUCCGUCGCGAACAAGCCCGCGCCAACGCCUCCGAAUCCAAAUGGCGGGCAAAAAAGCGCGUGAUCCGCAUGCUGAUGGUCAUCGUGGCGCUCUUCUUCCUCUGCUGGAUGCCGCUGUACUCUGCAAAUACCUGGAAGGCCUUCGACCUGGGCUCCGCCCACCGGGCGCUGUCUGGCGCGCCCAUCUCGUUCAUCCACCUGCUGUCGUAUUCGUCGGCGUGCGUGAACCCGCUGAUCUACUGCUUCAUGAACACGCGGUUCCGCGGCGCCUUGCUGGCCACCUGUGGGUGCUGUUGUCCCGGUUACGUGCGGAAGGCCGGGAGGCGGUCGCUAAGGCGCCGGUUCCCGGGCGGUGGGGGAGGAGGAGGAGGAGGAGGAGGGGGAGGGGAGGACGGGUACACCACCACCACCACGGCUGGACAUGGAGGAGGCGGGGCUACAAGCACCACCAUGUAUAAGGUGAGCUAUACGGCGGUCAGCAGCGGCGCCGGGAUGAACUGAACGCUAGAAUAAGCUAAACAAAGCUACCUUUUGGAAAAUCCAUGCGAGGGUCCGAGAUCGGUACGCUAAGCUUAUCUACACUAAGCUACAUUUUGGAAAAAAGACACCAGGGGGUCCGGGAUCGGUCGCUACGCUAAGCUAAGCUACGCUAAGCUAAGCUACGCUAAGCUAAGCUACGCUACUUUUUUUCUUCUUCUUCUUCUUCUCCUUCUUCUUCUUCUUCUUCUUUCCUCUCUCUUUCUCUCUCGCUCUCUCUCUCCUCUCUCCUUUCUCUCCCCCCUCCGUCUUUCUCUCCCUACCCCUUUAAGGCAGAUUUAUGGUGUGGGAAAAUCCGACAUCGGUCGCUAGGCUAAGCGUAACUACGCUAAACUAACCUAAGCUACGCUAAGCAACGUUUGAAAUAGACAGCGAGGGAGUCCCGAGGGCCGGGGGAGAAAAGAUGUCUGGAUUAUUUUUUCCUUCUUCUUCUUCUUCUUCAGCAUCCCGAUUGAAUCACUCCGUUCGACUUCCUGUGUUUUGGUGUGUUCUGUGUGUGUGUUUGAUUUCCCG